AUGCCGCCGCGCAAAAAAGCGAAAAGCCUUGCUGCAGGGGUCAGCACUCCUCAGAACAUCACCACGGCAGAUGCCAUGCCUUCCUUUCAAAAGGAUGUGCUGUCGAUUUGUGAGUCCAUUUUCGAGCUUCGACAUGGUCGUGUGUCCGAUGUUCACGAAAAGCCAAUCGGUCUCCUAGUCCCUGAGCACGGCUUGUUCGCUUGGCCGAUUUGUUAUGGAGGCACAUUUAAGGACAUCGCACAGAGGUGUUGGGAAGAUGGAGGAGACAAACUCCUCAAGAUGUCUGCUGAGCUUUGCAAUCGACUUGGACUUGUGGACAGUGCCGAUGUGGAUGACUUCAAGACCAAUUUUUGCAGAAUUGACGUUUGGCCACCGCAGCGAGGAGACAACUUUGAGACUUCAAUCCUCUCUUGGUCCUUCGAGGACGCCAGCUUUUGGAGAGGAAACUCGAUUUCAAUGGCCGAGGUCAUGACGUUUGUCCGCAGCAUUGCCAGUUCAAGAUUCCGCGAGGGGGAGACUAUCACAUUGAGAAUGCCAUGUGCCCCACUUCAGUCAGGGAAUCUUGCCUUGGGUUGCCUUUACUUCUCCGAUGGGAGCCAGAAGAGUUUGGCCGGCUUCAUCACUUGGGUUUCGAUGUGCUUGGCUUCGCAGUUGGAGAAGCACCAGGGCACGCUUGCCGACAAUGUCCAUUUGCAGACCUCCGCAGCCUCUCUGUUGAGAAUUCAAACGACUGUGAAAGGUUCCACGGGAUCCUCCGAUGAACUGGACAACACCAUAGCACGGAUAGUGAAACAGAAUGUGGAUGCAAAGGUGAUGCCGGUCAGUUCUCUCACCUGGGUUACCGUAUUACGCAGUUUGACGUCUGAGCCAACUGGUUUUGACGCCGCCAUGGCCAAGUAUAACAGCCACCCAGAGGUGGUCUCGUUUGAUUCUGGCUCUUCGGGCGCUAUCAGCUUGGACAACAGAAAGAAACAGGCUGUCAAGAACCUGUUGGAGGCCACGGACGCACAGGCCUUCGAAGAACUGGUGCGAAGCGCGCGCGAUAUUCCAUUUCAGUAUGGAGCAUUCGGAGAGGGCUUUUGUUGCAGUCCUGGCUUGUGGCUGAAUUCCUGUGGGCGGCUUGAUCCUUGCCCAGAGCAGGACCCAGAGCUUGCAAAGCAGCUUUCUCCUUUGCCGCAUGAGCCUUUCGUGACUUUGGAUUGGAAAUUGCCGUUGGAUGCACAGGGCCAGCUCAUUCUCUUUCGACGUGUCAAGUUCACUUUUGAACGGGUCACAGGCCUGAUUCCUUUGCACCAAAAGCGCAAAUACAGAAUGAACAGUGAGGAGCUCAACCGCGUGAGGAACAUGGUGGCACUCUUCAGCCAAAUCCUUCCUCAUUUGCGCGCACGUUUGGGAGAUGAUGAUGCCAACAAAUGGCAGGUGGAUGUAGAGACUGGCAUGGGGCGCGAUGAUGACAUUCUCAACUUGAUGCAGCUCCGUCCAACAGUGUUCUCACUGUCCAUGCUGUUGUCGCAUCAACGGCAAGCCAAAGAAGACAUGCGCGAGAGCGAGAAGAGAAAAGUCGAGACUGUUGAGACACAAAGAAAGGAAGUCUUGACAGCCCAAUGGAACUACUUCCUCGCUGCGUUGGAGAGGGACUAUGCUCAAAUGGAGCAAGUGCAUGCUGCGCCUGCUCAAGUGCGCCAGCGGUUGCAUGUCAAGCAGGUCGCGCACCAGGCCAAGAUUGUUGCAGCUGACCAUUGUCAAGUGCCCUUGGAUCGCGUGGCCACAGUGGGCUUUGUCGACUACAAUGUCCCAGUCGCGAGGCAAAGCAAGGCAGCCCAGACUUUGGUGUCUGCUAUGUCGAUCGCGAAUGACACAGGAGCACCCACGGCUACGCUCCCAAAGUCCAACAUGCUUCUGUUGCCGGAGGGCGCGUCGCCAAAUUCCGAUUUGAAGAUUGCAGAGAGGGUUCGCCCAUCGCCCGAGCAAAGCAGUGCUCAGAAGGGCUUGCAGCGCUUGGAGAUCUUGGUGGACUCGCUUGUCCGCUAUGUUCCCCUCAAGGAUAGCCCGUUGCUGAUCGUGAACUUCACUGGGUACGUGGAGGAGUUGGCGGCAGCGGUGCUCAACUUACGCAUACGUGGAUCUUUGUCAGGGGAUGGAGGAGGCUUUGACUAUGACCGGAACCUGUACUAUUUGUCACUCCACACCUUGGACUCAGAUAGUGGCGUAGCCUAUGCGCAGGGCAGGGAGCUGAAAAACAUCCCAGGGGCACAGUUUCUGAAGGCCAUCGAUAAGAUGAAUCUUGAAGUCUGCGUGCGGAAAGGAACGCAGAUGGUCCUUCAUCCAGACCAAGUCAAGCAGUGGAACAACUCUGGGGUUGAGUAUGCUGAGCAGUUUGCCGAAGUGCAGAAGAAACAUGACUCCAAAUACCUGGGCUUGUUGACCUCGAUUAUCUCUCAGCCUCAGGGAAGUUCAUCGCAGCUUGCAGCAGCAGCUCCAGCUGAUAUGGACGAGGGUGCAACUGCUGGCUCUGGUGCCACCGAAGAGCCAAUUCAGGAGUUGAACAAGUUCGAGUCAGUCGAGAAACUUGCAGAGGCUGAGAAGAUUGAAUACCGGUGCAUGUCCGAGGUUGCCGGGAUUGAGCUGCUCUUGUGUGAGUCCAAGAAGAUCUUCCUUGUUGCAGACAAGGAUCGCAUUGUGGCAAAGUGGACCAUGGUGGGUGGCUUCGGAACAGGGAAGCAGUUUGGCCUGAAAUCUAAGUAUGUUGCCAUCAAUGAGUCUGCUGGGGCUGGAGUCCCCAUUGAAUGGCCGCAAGGUGAUCGGACACUGGUUCAAAUAGAUCACAGCAGCAUCAGCCCUGAACACUCACAUGUCGAGGUGAUGAGCCUUUAUCGCCUGCUGACUCAUUUGGAACGAACCAAGAAAGUCUCAAAUCACAAGGUGUCCUACACAGAAGUGAAGCGAGUCGUUGAUGGAGGUUCUGCUGGCGCUGCUGAUGCCUUCACGGUGAAAGUGUCGGAUCCCCACCAGUACCAUUGCUUGUCAGAUGUGUCCAGGGCAACUACGUGCAAGAAUUGCUUCGCUCAGACGAUUGGUGCCAUUCGCAGCUCAACCUACCUUACUCCAGUAUUCAGAUGGAG